GGCGGGGGGUUUAUCUUUCUUAGUAGUUGGUGGCGGUUAAAGAGCGGUGAACCGUGAGAGCUGAACGCCGGGCUGGCGCUCGGUUGGUGGUGAAGCACCCUGUGCUGUCAUUUCCCAGGCUGGCAGCUGGAGAUGUCCCAGUACCUCACUGGACAUCCCAGGGAAAAACGGUGUUGUGUAAAUUUAUUACUGAGAUGCAUGGCUCUAUCAAAAUGCCAGGCGUUGCCUGGAACCGGGAAUUGCUGCAUUCUUUAACAUGUAUUUCUCAUCUCCAUCGCUUUCUCUCUUUUCCCGUGUAGGACCCAUUGUCCUGGCUGUGUAGCUUAUUGAUUACAAUAUUUGUCACUUAAGAGCUCUUUGUGCAGUUAAGAGGGGCAUGGCAGUGAGAGCUUGUGGCUUGAUCAUCUACAGGAGGCUGCAGUCAGGACCAUCUUCUAAGGUCACUGAUGGUAUUGAAUACCUCCUCCUUCAGACAUCCUAUGGGACCCACCACUGGACCCCACCCAAAGGCCAUGUGGACCCAGGAGAGGAUGACCUGCAGACAGCCUUCCGGGAGACGCAGGAAGAGGCUGGUCUUCAGGCCAGUCAGCUCACCCUCAUAGAAGGGUACAAGAAAGAACUGCACUAUCCUGUCCGUGGCAAACCGAAGACUGUCACUUACUGGCUGGCGGAAAUGAAGGACUGUAACACAGAAAUCAAGCUCUCGGAGGAGCACCAGGCUUUCCAGUGGCUGAGGCUAGAGGAUGCCUGCAGAUUUGCAGAAUAUGAGGACAUGCAAGCAAUGCUGAAAGAAGUGCAUCAGUUUCUCUGUUCCAAAGAGUAAAUGCUUUUGUGAAGGAAAAGGGGAACUUCUGAAGAACAUGGCCUGCUUUUAUUAUUUUUUUUUUAACCAAGGGACGAACUACAUGCCUGCAAAAAUACACUUUUCUUUUUUAAAUCCAUACAAAAUCAGUGAAGAUACUUGAAGCUUUUAAAGAGCUUGUGCUUUUGUCUCCCCUAGCUAAUGCAAAAAAACAUGGUUUGAUUGAACUGUGAGCCAGAGAUGUCUGAAUUGAAACUCAUAGCUAACGAAGACUUCCUCUGUCCCUGUCUCCUUUUCUUUUUCCUUUUUCUUUUUUUUCCUUGAAGUGCUGAACAGCUACGCACCUUUUUGAAAAAUCAAACACUUGACAUUUCUGGAUUUGCUGAUGUAGAGCUACAGAAUUGAGAAAAUGAGCAUAUGGGGAUUUUAAAUAACAAAGUAUUUAUUACAGAAGUUGCACCUUGCAUUUCAAAUGGGGAAGCUGUAGUUCUGUUCCCAGCUCUUCCACUGAUACACUGUGUUACUUGUUAGAUCAUUUCAGGUCUUGUUUGUUUGUAUCAUGGAUUUAUGUACAUCACUAAUAUACUGUUAUGAAAACAUUUUCCAUCCAAAGAGUCUUAGUAAACAGUUGCCAUAUAGUAUUUAAA